UGGCAGGAUGGAGAGUCGGGGAGCCGCCCCGCCUGCCGCCUGCAGGGGCUGAAGCGGCGCUCUCUGCAGGCUCGGGCUGGCAGCCGCGCGGGUCCCAGCCCAGCCCAGCCCUGCAAAGCGCCGCAGCCCCGGCACAGCAUCCUCCUCUUCCUCCUCUUCCUCCUCCCGAGGAGCAGCCUGGCCCCGCCAAGGGGGGCUCCGCGCGCCGCCGCUCCCCCUCUCUCCCCGCAGGUCUGCAGCGGCGGGGGGAGCCAGGCUCCGGAAGCCCCCGGCCGGGUCGGGGAUCGUGGCCCUCCUCUCGAGCAGGUGGACUCAGUUCAAGAGCGAUGGCGGAGAAGAGUCUUGAUGCCACCUGCGUCUCCAUCGCCUUGGAGGAUCCCGUGUGCAACUCCGGCUCGCAGGAUGCUCCCCUCUUGACCACUCACCUGAAGAAGGUGGAGAACCACAUCACGGACGCCCAGAGGUUCUCGCAUCUGCCCAAGCGCUCGGCCAUUGACAUUGAGUUUCUUGACCUCUCGUAUUCGGUCCGUGAGGGACCUUGGUGGAAGAAAAGAG